GGGCACAGGUGGGUGGCACUGGUGGGCACAGGUGGGUGGCACUGGUGGGCACAGGUGGGUGGCACUUUUGGGCACAGGUGGGUGACACUGCAGAGUGGCACAGGUGGGUGCACUGCUGGGCACAGGUGGGUGCACUGCUGGGCACAGGUGGGUGCACUGCUGGGCACAGGUGGGCGGAACUUGUGGGUGGCACUGCUGGGCACCGAUCAUCAGGGCACUGAUCAUCAGUGGCCCUGACGAUCGGUGCCGAUCCUCGCUCUGACAACUGCCGGUUCUCGGCAGUACUUUCCUCCCGAUCUGACAGCGUGAGGAAAGUGCAGCCGAGAACCGGCACUUGCAU